AUGGCUUCGUUUUUCGUCGACUGGCCGAAAUACCUUGAUUUUGGCGUAGUCGACUCAACGAUCACUGAGUGCAAGGACUAUUUUGGCAACCUGACUGACUACGGUGUUUUCCAACUUUCGUCGAAUCUAUCGGCCGAAGCACUUGAAGGCCCGGAGUGCAUCAAUUUCUCCAUUUUCAACGAGUCCAAGCUAGUUUUAGGAUGUUUUAUCGGUUUUCUGGGUCUCUUGGCCGUUUUCUGGCUCAUCUUUGGUCAUCUCUUGGACAAAGUUAAAAUUCAAACAGAACGACAAGUCGAUGACCUUUCUACUGGAGAGUUCUAUGGGCUUUCUGGCAUCCAGAUGAAGUUUUCAAUCAACCAAAUGAGCGAAAACACAAUAUUCGAUCUGUAUCUUCUAUUUGAAGGCGAUAACGGGGAAAAGAAAGCAAUCAUCUACCGAGACGCGAAUAAAAAAAUGGCCAAGAAUAAUGCUUUGACUUUGUCUAUCGAUGAAGAUUUUGCCAACAACGUCGAAAAUGUUAGCAUUUGUCUUUACUCGCGAGACUCAAAAGAAGAUUAUUACGGCUUCAUUUCCUCAAUGCAGAUCUUCAACGACGGCACCAAAAUUGGAACAUGGAAAGGAAGCCGCUCGCUCUUCGCUCUUCAACCCUCAAUAAUCAACUUGUCAAAGAAGCAAAGUAAAUCAUCGUAUCUUGCCCUCACUACGAUUUUCCCGAAGAUAGAAGAGAUUCUUAUCUCUAUGAUGGCCGCAGUUUUGGUUUAUUCUUCCUUGCUCUCCGAGGCCGACUUGGAUUCUGACGACCAGGUUGAGAGGAUCCGCGCGAUGACCGAUGCCAAUAACAAUGGAUUGCUCUGGUUCAACCGAAUGUUCAUGGCUUCUAUUUUCACCAGCAUUCCCGCGGGGAUCGUCUUCAAGAUCCUUCACAUUCUUAUGGAAUACGAGACUGAAUCAAUCAGCCACGUACCUGUAAUUCAAAGUAAUCGGCAACUGAAAAUCACAGAAAAUGGAGAAAAUACUUGGAUUUAUUGCCUACUGGGGCAAACUGAACCCUGCCCCCAAGCGAGUGCACUUAUUUUCUCAAGAAUGAUUCACAAGAGAGGCUUCAUUCGAGGAGAACUUCAACGAGCAGUAUUUAUGAAAGGGACCAAAGCAAAAUUGGGUUACAAAAUAACAACGAAAAUCGAUGAAGCUGGCGAACGAAAAAAUAAUGCAACUGAAUUCUUUGCAAUGGACCAAAGAAAAUUUUCACUGAUGCUCGAGGAUAUCGAAAUAACCACACAAGUUGGCAGAGAAUCAAAAGCGCCACGAAAAUCAAAUUCGAUCGACUCCGAUGUCAGCAACUUCUCAAGACUUACAGCUCGUGCAAGCUCAAAGGAAAUGUCCGUCGUCCCAUCUUCGAUAAACGUCCGAGAAUCGAUCAGAGGAAUGAUGGUCAAAACUGUGAAGUCGGAACCCAUGGAAGACUUCGAAAGUAAAAGAAACGACAGUGCUAGAAGUGCUUCAAAAUUGAGAAGAGCUUCUAAUCCUGAAGCUGAAAAUGAAAGCGAGGAGGAGGCCGAGGAAAGUUUUGUCGAAGAAUUGCCGAUUCAAGACGGCUAUACAACGAAUCCCAACCUAAAUAGCCGAAUAUGGGAACCAUCAGUUAUCCUAAAAGAAAACGAGUGGCUCAUUCGCCCUGAAGAUAUUCCUGGUUCUGACCCAAGAAGACAUGAUCCAACUGGAGAAUCCGUCACAGUUGUCAAUCCGAUUUUUCACCCUGAGAUGUUCGACGGCGUUGAUGAGAAAAAAGUCGACAACUUGACAGAUUUUCAAGAGACUUCGGACCUAAUCUCGGAGGCUUACAGAAACAAUCCAUCGAUGCUUUCAGUGCCAUCAACUGCGAUUCCCGGCCUUGAGCCAAGAUUGAGCAGGAGGAUGACCGAACAAGCCUCUCGACAGUUGGCAGCCAACUUGGCUGCACAGCGCGAUUCUCAAGUAGAAAAGGAAGCAGCGCCAGUACCAGUUCCAGCUGAGCAGAAAAGAAGACGAAGAAAGAAAACUGGCGAAGAAAAUGGGCCGGCAAUCGAGUCUCCAGUAGAAACAGCUCCAUCUCAACCAUCGACCAAACAAGGAGGUCAAGAGGAAACAACUGUUGUCAAAAGAAGACGCCGGACCGAUACUCCAGCAGAUCAAGGUGCUGCACCAGCAGAACAAGUUGCUUCUUCGGCUCCGGUAGAACCCACUGAGACUGCUCCUGAGCGGACAACUGUUGUCAAGAAAAGACGACGACGAGUUGAGCCUCCAGCUGAACAAGCCGCUGCUCCAGCACCAGAAGAGCCCGUCGAGCCCGCAACAACUCAAGUAGUAGUCAAGAAAAAACGCAGAAGAAAGGUCGUAGAUCCGGCACUAGAGCCAAGUCAGGGAGCGCAACAACGACACUGGAGAAAGAGAAUCACAAAGAUGAGGAAACUGCUUGCGCCAGUUGCGGAAGUUAUAUUCUUCGUUCUCGUUUUGAUCGUCGGAACAUCAAUCCUCAACACAUAUCUUUUCAAAAACGAAAAAGAGCUCUUCCUGACGCAUGCAAUUGGACUAACCUUCAUCACCCAGAUUCUUUGGAGUACGACUCUUGGAGAUUUGAUCACCGAGAAAGUCACUCGAUGUAUCCUCGGCUAA